CUCAUAAAAAGCAGACCCAGACUCAGACUCGUCUCCCACCUCUUGAGAUCCAUCCCUUCUCUCGACCAAGAAGAAAGCACAGAACAAGAUGGAGAGCUACGACCGCGAGUUCUGGCAGUUCAGCGACCAGCUGCGGCUGCAGAACAACUUCUCCAACCUCUCCAUCGCCGACUCCAUCUGGUCCAACUCCUCCAACACUACCUUCGCCGACCGCCGCAACGCCGAUCCCCUCCUCUACCCUGACCAGACCACCAAUAGAAGCAGCCCGGGCCUCAUCGGCUCCGGCAAGCUCGCCUUCGGCAACGCCACCACCACCAACGCAGACCGCUACAACUACUUCCCUGCCACCGACACCAAGAACAACAACAGCUCCAACUUCACCUUUAACAAGAACAACCACCCCGGCGCCGUCGGCAACGACUACUACUUCAACAAGAACGCCAACGCCUUCAACAGCAACACCAACGCCGGCGGCGACCUCAUCAAGAGCUACUUCAACAAGUCCGUCGGAAGACCGGCCAACAACAACAUCAACGUCGGCAAGAAGAACGCUGCCCACGACAAGAAGAAGAACGGUACCAACGGCAGCAGCAACAGCAACAGCACCAGCAACGUGGACAAGAGGUUCAAGAGCCUGCCGGCGUCGGAGGCGCUGCCCAGGGGCGAGGCCAUCGGCGGGUACAUCUUCGUCUGCAACAACGACACCAUGGAGGAGAACCUCAAGAGGCAGCUCUUUGGGUUGCCGUCGAGGUACAGGGACUCGGUGAGAGCCAUCAGGCCAGGGCUGCCCCUCUUCCUCUACAACUACUCCACCCACCAGCUCCACGGCAUCUUUGAGGCUGCAAGCUUUGGCGGAUCAAACAUCGAUCCGACAGCUUGGGAGGACAAGAAGUGCCCCGGCGAGUCCCGCUUCCCUGCUCAGGUGAGGGUUGCGACGAGGAAGAUCUGUGACCCGCUGGAGGAGGACGCCUUCCGCCCUAUCCUCCACCACUACGACGGCCCCAAGUUCAGGCUCGAGCUCAGUGUCCCAGAGGCGCUGUCGCUGCUCGAUAUCUUCGCGGAGAAGGUUUUUGCCUGAGUUUCCUUGAGAGUAUGAGCUGACGACGGCGAUUACAAUAAUACUGCUUCCUGAGGGAAGGAAUAAGACUACAAGAUGGGCAUAUGUAUAAUAUUAACAGUAUGCUAAUUAGCAGCAUCUGAUUAUCUAGUGGUGUAACUUUUGUGCUAGAUUUGGGCUUUGAGGUGCAGGAGCAGUGUGUCCAUGACUCCAUGUAUCACAAAUUCAGGAUACUGCCGCCCCCUCAUCGUGUAAGAUAUACAAAAAAAGAAAAGCAGGCUUUCUUGAGCUCAUAUAAAUCAGACACGGUUGCAUGAACAGAAACAA